UAUGGUGCCACGCCGGUCGGACGCGCCACAUUGUUUAUCCGAUUUAUUCUAAAAUUGAUUUGAAGAUUUUUUGUCGUUGUUCAAUUUGGAUUAAGUGAGACCUAAAAUUUGGCGUCAUCAUGUCAAACUCUGAAGAAGCCUUGCCCGAACUAUUCAAAGCGGUAAAAAAUGGCGACGAACAAAAAGUCAAAUCGUUAAUGUCCCGAGGAGUAGAUAUCAGCAGAAAGCUGAUGGGAUCGACAGUUCUGCACGCCGCGGCUUCUUUCCAUGGAAACGCAAAUCUAGUCGAUCUUUUUUGCAAUAACAGCAACGUCUUGAUCGAUGAGAAAGACAGCUGUGGCUUCACUCCUCUACACAUCGCUGUAUCCAAAAACAAUUUCGAACUUGUCCGCGCCCUUCUCCACAACAACGCAAAUCCGAAAAGAGAAAAUAAUUGCGGAUUAACGCCAUUCCAAGUCGCUCUGAAAAACAAUUUCAAACACAUCGCCAUGAUUCUUUUGAACUCUGCAACCCUGCUCGAUAUUUGCUCCUGGCCGGCUUAUCCAGAUCCGGAAUUCGCAGACCAAAUCUUCAAUGCUUGCCUAAACCGGGGCAAUGUAGACCUGAAUCAGCGAGACUUCGAAAACAGAACUUCGCUUCACUUUGCUGCCCUUUACGGUCGAGACAAUCAGGUGAAGCAACUGAUCCAACUCGGCGCGAACGUAAAUCUGAAAUCCAGCGAUAAUGAGACUCCACUGCACAUGGCGGCGCGUAAAAGACACGUGGAAACUGUUGAAGUUCUCUUGAAUUUCGGGGCAUAUGUGAACUAUGCCACGAAUGCUUUUCAAGCCACCCCUCUACAUUACGUCUGCGAAGUUGGAAAAUAUCCUCCUGACCCGAAAGUUACCAAAUUCCGCGACCCGGAGUGGUACGAAAAAUCGGAAAAGAUAAUGAAGAUACUUCUGAAGAGGCGCGCUAAUGUAAAGAUUCGCGAUAUUUUUGGCAAAACUGCCCUUCAUUAUGCAGUUGGGGUGAUGAAUUAUCGGCCAGGGAUGGUCUCGCCUCUUCUUGAUGCCGGUGCUGAUGUAAAUGCGACUGGCAAGGAAGGCCUCACGCCAAUUUUUUAUGCAAUCAAUGAAAUGAUUCUUUGGAUGCUGAUAAAGAGAGGCGCGGAAAUCAACUAUGUCUCUAAAAAGGAAUUCACGCCUCUCUCGCACGCAAUUAAAGUCAGUAACUCGGCGAUGGUGGAGAUCCUUUUAGAAAAUGGAGCUGAUGUGAACAUUCAGAACUCUGCGGGUAAAACCGUGAUUGAAAUUCACGAAAAAUGGCUUCCAGAGAUUCUUGAGGCGAUCAUCAAUAAAGUUUUGGAAGUUAAUUCCGUAAAUCAGAGUCUCGUGAGGAUUAAAUUCAAUGACAAUUCGAUUCCUAUCAUUGUGAAGAAGAAAGUUGCGGGGGAAAUCAUUAUUGAUGAAGAAGACUUAAUCUCGGCGGGUUUGUCGCAAGAUAUUUUGAGAAGAAUCAGACUUUGUGAAAUGGAAAUUCUUGAUAUGAAGGAGGUGGUGAUAAAGAGACUGGGGUUGAGUUUCUUUGAUUUGUUACUGAUGCCGAUCGGCAAAUUGGCGAGUAUGACAGUCAAUGAAGAGAUUUUGCAACUGCUGGAAUUGGAAAGAAUUCGGGUGGAUUUUCCUUUGUCUGCGACAAUGCUGCAGAGGCAUGUUGCAAAAGCGAGGAAACAAAGAUUGUUAAAGGAUUCGUGUGCGGAAGCAAUAAGGAAAUUAAUUUUUAGUCUUUGGAAAAUUGAAUUACCAUGUAUUGUUGUUCAAAGUAUUAUUCGUUUAUUGAACAACACGGAUUUGAAUAAUUUGAUGUUGAUUUAAGAGACUUUCUUCUUUUGCAAAUUUUCGAUGAAUUUAUUUUUUGUUUUAUUUUUGUGAUUGGUA